AUGAGUUCUUAUUUUGUCAACUCUACUUUUCCGGUGAGCUUAGCCGGGGGUCAAGAACCGUUCCUGGGACAGCUCCCCUUAUAUUCCACGGGCUACGCGGAUCCUUUAAGGCACUAUCCCAGCACGUAUGGAACUGGGGGCGGUGGGGUCCAGGAGAAAGGUUACGCGGGCGCGCCUUACUACCAGCAAACCAACGGAGCUUACAACCGGAGUCCAGCCUGCGAUUACGGGACAUCUGGUUUUUACAGGGAGAAAGAGACAGGCUGUUCUCUUUCGAGCCUAGAGGAGCCUGUCCAGUUCGGCCAGGAACAAGCCCGGAAGUCAGAAUGCUCACAGAGCAAGCACGUUUUCGGGGACAACGAGGAUCAAAAGUGCUCCACGCCAGUAUAUCCUUGGAUGCAGAGAAUGAAUUCCUGCAAUAGUUCCUCCUUUGGGCCGAGUGGCAGGCGAGGCCGGCAGACUUAUACUCGCUACCAGACUCUGGAGCUGGAGAAAGAAUUCCAUUUUAACCGUUACCUGACCAGGCGCCGACGCAUCGAGAUCGCUCACGCCCUGUGUCUGACGGAGCGCCAGAUAAAAAUCUGGUUUCAGAACCGAAGGAUGAAAUGGAAAAAGGAAAAUAAGCUCCUUAACUCCACUCAGCUGAGCGCCGAGGAAGAAGAGGAGAAACCAACGGAAUGA